AAGCAGAGGAGAUCUUUAUGAACUUAGAAGACUGAAAACAAAAUUCUGGGGCAACUCCAGCUGAAGGUGAUUUAUUUGGUCUGAUUUUGAUGCUGUAUGCUCCCCUCAGAAGGUACCUUCAGUAUUUAUAUUUUAGGCACUCGUGUGCUCUUUGAGUAGUGCUUAUGAUGUAAGUCAUCAAGUAAACUUGCAUUUAUCAAGCAGCCACAUUCUGCUUCUUUUCAGAGAGUUUGUCCCUUUGCAUGUGGCGCAGAUGACCACAUGCCAGAUUCUGAAUUGAGUCAUCCCCAGACAGUGUUUCUACAUAAUCCAAAACUGUCAUGGUAUAUGUGGAGAUGAAUGACUGGGUUUGUUUUCAUUCCAUAAUGAGCCAGUGCCAGGUAGAGCAGGUGUCUGUGCCUGGCCCUGUGUGUAGGAGCGUUGCAUAGUUACGCUGAAUGUCUGUGUGCCUAACAUCUUCAUCUCCUUUCCUGUACGUCGUGCCUGUCAUGUUCCAAAACGUGAGACAGUGGUUGGUUGUGUUCCAGUUUGUGUGCAGUUUCCUUGCCUGAUUUUUAUUUUUAUGUUUUCCCUUUUGCAUUUUCAACAUCUAUUAUUUGGUCCCACAAUGUUUUUGCCGCGGGUUGACCAUUAAAUGUUCCAAAUAGAGUUGAAUUGACCUACACAUUAAUUCUGCCUUUUAUGCUUUUCUAGGUCUGCAGAGAGAGUCCAAUCCCUGUCCUGUAAUAACUGUAGAGCACUUUAAAGAAUCACUGGGCGUUAAAGGCCUUCCUCUGUAUCCAGACCCCUCCAGAGUACCUGGCACAAAGACUCAAAACAACUUAGAAUCUGACUACUUGGCCAGAGAUGGCCCUUCAAGCAACAGCUCAUUCCAUAGCAGUGAAGAGGAAGGGACUGACCUUGAAGGAGACAUGCUGGACUGCAGUGGGUCUCGGCCUCUCCUUAUGGAGUCUGAAGAAGAAGAUGAGAGCUGCAGACCCCCCCAGGGGAAGCUGGGAGGAGCCGUUCCAUUCGCUCCACCAGAAGUCUCUCCUGAGCAAGCAAAGACAGUGCAAGGUGGAAGAAAGAACCAGUUUCAAGCCCUCACGCAGCCAGCCACUGAUGGGCUCAGUGAGCCAGAUGUUUUUGCCAUAGCUCCCUUCAGGAGCUCAAGGGUUCCAAAUGAUGACAUGGACAUUUUCUCCAAAGCCCCAUUUGUCUCCAAGAGCAGUAUGGCUCCUUCCCAGCCAGAGGAGUCAGACGUGUUUUUGAGAGCUCCUUUCACUAAGAAGAAAAGCGUGGAGGAGUUAACAGUUAUCCAGAGCACCUCCCAGGAGCUGCCUGCACAGACCGGUCUCCUCAGUCAGACAGGUGACGUCCCCCUGCCCGCGGGCCGUGAGAGAGCUGUGUAUACCUCUGUCCAAGCUCAGUAUUCCACAGCUGGUUUUGUGCAACAAUCUAACCUCCUCUCCCAUUCUGUGCAAGCAGCAGACCAUCUGGACAGCAUCUCUCCCAGGGGAUCCUGCCUGGAAUCUGGGGGUCAUUCUAAUGACAGAAAUAAAGGACCUCAGCUCCAGAAAGAAGCUAUCUCAGGCCCCAUGGCUGGCAAACCAUUCCGCCCCCAGUCCUUAUCCAAGUAUUCCCGUCACUAUAGCCCAGAAGAUGAGCCAAGUACAGAAGCCCAGCCCAUUGCUGCCUACAAAAUUGUUUCACAAACCAACAAGCAGUCGAUAGCUGGGUCUGUUUCUAUCACAUCCCUUUCCUCCAGGACUACGGAGCUGCCAGCUGCUGAUCCAUUUGCUUUAGCACCCUUCCCUUCAAAAUCAGGCAAGAAACCCUAGGAGCAAAACCUGAGCCUCAAGCCUCUUGUCUCUAUCCCACCCUCAAUACCCGCCACGGCAUUCCCAGCUGAGCCUUCCGAAGAAGAAAUAUUAUCAGUUCUUAUCUUUCAAUUCCCUGCGUCAGAGCAGAAUUUCUUGAGUCAACAAACUCAGUUGCAGUGAUACUUAGUCGAAGCCCCUUUAAGUUAUGUUCGUUUUUUGUUUGUUUGUUUAUAUUGAUUUCUGGACUUGGAGGCAUUUUCAUCUCCUUCACAGAGGUCAUCCACUUCCAGCAAGAACUCUGCUUCCUCCCCCCUCCCCCACAGAAACUGUUUAAAUCCUGAAAUACUUCUUCACCCCAAUCCCAAAGGGGCCCUAUUGUUGCUAGUUUUAAUUCCUGUAGCUCCUUUUCUAAGUCAUGCCCAUCGAAGAAUCAAGAUUAGUCCCUCCAGUAAAUCAAGAUUUAGUACUCUUGAAAAGGGGAGAUGUCUGGAAAGAAGAGCAAGAUAAAAAUCAUUAUACAUCAACAAGAAGUGUAAUCCUGCAGUUACUAAUCAUUCCUGUAGAAGCAGCAGCUCUAGGAGUCUCCGGAUCUGUUUCUCAGUCUGUGUGCAAGCCAGGCUGGCCCUCGUGCAUGACUCUCUGUGGGUGUGGAAUGUACGUCAGAGCCUAUGUAGAGAUACAGGCAGAUGGGCUAACUCCUCAUGUCUAGUCUGCUGGCAGGGCUUUCCCCACAUCCAUGCUUUUGAAAUUAGUGUGAGUAUACAGGUUUGUGUGUGCAUGUAUACGUGUGUGUGCACAGGAAGCAUUUCCACUUGAGGUAAAUCCUGCCCCAUCAUGCCUACCUCCACAAUCAAAUCACUCGUUUUUUGGUGUUUGCUUACCUAACUGACUUGAACCCCAUCUUUUUUAUUUCGUUUUUUUCUCAUGGCAAAAUAGAAUACAUUGGAAGGUGUAGGGAAAUCCUGCUGGAACUGAUGUUUCAGAGUAAAUUUUUUUUCUCUCCAGAAUUUCCUGUUUUGCUAUUAACAAAUUAUAUUUACCUGAUUAUGAAAAAUUAAUUUUCCUUAUACAUUUUCCCCUUAACAACACUAGAAAAGAACACCUUGUUACAGUUCCGGACUCUGAGUAUGUGGGCUAAAUGCCAGCAUCAGGGAAUUCGUUCAUCAUGAGACUAGGCUACAAACUAGGCUUGCUUGUUUUGGGGUUUUGUUUUUGUUGUUGUUGUUGUUGUUGCCAAAUCUCUACUGCCCUUUGAGGAAAUGUAAAUCUGAGACAUGGAAAUAAGUGGGAGAAUGGAAAAAGAGCUGAAUCAGGUAGGCAUGAAAACUUUUACAUUACCCUCUUUUACAUUAUCCUCUUUAGAUGUUGAAAUAGGCCAGACAGGUUAACUGAUGUUUUUUAAAAUUGUCUUUUAUUUCUGGAAAGAUCUGACUUAUUCCUAGCUUUUUUCAUACCCUUUAUUAUUAGUGCCUUAAAAUAAAGCUGGCCAGGUGCAGUGCCACACACCUGUAAUAGCAGCAUUUUGGAAGGCUGAGGCGGGAGGAUCAGUUGAGCCCAGGAAGUUCAAGACCAACUCUGGCAACACAGCGAGACCCUGUCCCUUCAAAAAA